GUUCAACUUUCAUUUUCUCAUAAAGAUCCUCCCCUUUUGAGAAACUAUAAAAUGAGCACAUACAAGUGCAGUAUUUAAUUCUCCUGAUCAAAGAUGGAUCUGCAAAUCUCAGUUUUUCUUCUCUUCCUUCUUUUCACUGCAGGACACUCUCUCAGCUGUUAUGAGUGCUUGGGUCUGACGGGUUCUUGUACAGAUCAGAAGUUAAAAACGUGUCCUAGUGGAUCUUCUCAGUGCUUGAGUACAACAGCUGUGGUUGAUGACAUUAGUAUUAAAGCGAAGGGUUGUACUCCUGCCUGUCAAAGUGGGUCCAUCAACUUAGACGCUGUAAAGACGAUUAUUUCCUGCUGUAACACAGAUGAGUGUAACCUCCAAGAUGCUCCAGAUCCCUCUAACAUCCCCAAUGGAAGGACAUGUUACUACUGUGAUAUUCAGAGCUGCACAAACACAUUGAUCUGUUCAGGGGAUGAAGACCACUGCAUUAAAGCAACAGCAAUUUUUGGAGGCCAGCCGAUAGUGUUAAAAGGCUGUGCCUCUAAAUCACUUUGUGAUGGCAUAGAAUUUGAUCUUGGUAUUAUGAGCAUCUCAUGUUGUGAGGGGAACCUGUGUAAUGGUCCUCAUAGUGUCAAGCAGAGACCGGAGCUCUAGCACAAUUCAAUGGUGAGUCGAUCGUGCCAUGGAUAACCUAUACCGAAGGAGACAGUCACGUACUUUAUGUGAGAGAAGGGGCACGUCGCCACCACAGACGCGUGACACCAAAGUCUGAGAAGUACGUCGCCACCACAAAAAAAAUCAAUCUUACUCUCUUUUUUUUCUAGCUUUUCUUAUCUUUCCUUUAUGUUUCUUAUCAAUCAUUGUUAACUUUUUCUUUUACUUUCCUGUUUUCUGAUGACAUUAUAUAUAUUCUUGAUACAUACUGUAUAGCUAUUGUAUACAAAGUUGUAUGUUAUUAAUGUCAUCUACUGUUUACAAGCAUAAUAAAAAAAUGUAUUAAAACUA